AUGACAGGGUGGAGUGGACCUACUACUAAGAUAGCUAAGAAUGCUAAUCGUAUAAGAUUGGCCCGUUUUGGAAGAAAACAUCAACCAUUUUAUAAUAUCGUUGUGAUUCCACGUUAUAAAGCCAGAGACAGACUUCCAAUUGAAGUUCUCGGUACUUAUAAUCCAAUUCCAGUACCUAAAAUACCUGGAUCUCAAGAGAAGAGCACCAAGGAAAUCGAGUUAAACAUGCAAAGAACUUUAUACUGGCUCGGUGUCGGUGCUGAGCCAAGUGAUAGAGUAUCUUGGUUACUCAAGAAGGCCGGUAUCUUACCUGAAGAAUGGCCAAAGGCACCUGUCACCAAAACCGUUGCUCCAAAACCAGUUGUUAGCGAACCAAAGACUGUUGUUGAAGAACACGUUUCCUCUAUAAGGGAGAGAUAA